AUGCUUUUGUGCACGCUGUUUGUUUACUUCAUGGCUCCUUGCUGUAAAAUAGUUCAUAGUUAAAAAUCUUAUGUGUUGUAUUUGUUAAAUUGAUUUUAGCGCCUGAUGAUGAUGGAGGAGCAGAGUCAGGAGACAGCAGGAGGAGGACACACUGUGAAGGAUGACGAGGUGGAGAGGGAGAACCUGAUAGCUCCAGAUGCAGAGGAAGGGGAGGAGGAGGAGGAUGAGGAGGCUCUUCCUCACUCAGAGAUUCUGGAUAUUUUCGAGGAGGGACUUGCUCGCCUUGUGCAAGACCCUUUACUCUGUGAUCUGCCAAUUCAGGUGACUCUGGAGGAGGUCAAUUCUCAGAUUGCUUUGGAGUACGGCCAGGCGAUGACCGUGAGGGUUUUAAAGGCAGAUGGUGAAAUAAUGCCCAUAGUCGUGGUGCAAAACGCUACGGUCCUCGAUCUGAAGAAGGCCAUCCGCAGAUUCAUGGAGCUGAAACAACAACGUGAAGGUGGAGUGAAACACAUCAGCUGGAGAUAUGUUUGGAGAACUUAUAGUUUAGUAUUUCAAGGGGAAAAGCUUGAAGAUGACAAGAUGAGGCUUAAAGACUACGGGAUCAGGAACAGAGAUGAAGUAACGUUCAUGAAGAGACUCAGGAAAAAGUGAGAUGUCACAAGAAACACUGUCAUGUCAGGAAAAACAACAAGAACUACAGCCACCUGCCUCUCAGAUGUGGAAAUAUUCAUGACAGUGUGACUUGUUUACAGUUGAUUAUAUGUUUCAGUAUUCAUGUAAAGAUUAUAACUUUUUCUUGUUUUGCUUUUAUAAUGAAGAUGCUCCAGUUCCAGUCCUCUCACUGAUCAAUGUGCUGCUUCUAAAAGAGGCUAUUUGUAAAUAGUACAUCUGGAAUACUGGAUGUUUACUCCCAGUGUGUGGUGGUUUUGUACAGUUUUCCCGCAAAAAUUAAAAUAUUUUUCGGUA